AUGAUCUCUCCAGCACUUAUCCUCCUCAUCGCAUCUCACUCCUUCCGCCCCACCCACCAGCAGCAGCAACCAGGCCAACUCAUUUUCAGUGCCCCCAACAACCACAUCGACAGCCAAGAUACCAGCUGCCCGGCGAACCCACCAACGAGCUGCCAUCUAUCUUCCGGCGACGGCAAGGAACCGGUCAACUCCUGCUGUACCAACACCCCCGGCGGUCAGAUCUUACUCACCCAGUUCUGGGACUUUCAUCCAGCCACUGGUCCUUCCGAUAGCUGGACCAUCCAUGGCCUUUGGCCCGAUAAUUGCGAUGGAACGUACGAAGCAUCCUGUGAUCCGGGCCGACAAUACCGAAACAUUACUCAAAUAUUGGAGCAUGGGGGCGGUCAGGAGGCCUUGUCGGUGAUGAACAAGUACUGGAAAGAUCAACACGGCAACGACGAAACUUUCUGGCAACACGAAUGGUCUAAACACGGCACUUGCAUCAGCACCCUCGAACCUCACUGCAUGGGCUCAUCCUACAAACCUCAAUCUGAGGUGGUCACCUUCUUCAACCGGACGGUCGAUUUGUUCAAAAGCUUACCGACUUACGAGUGGCUCAAAGCAGACAACAUCGUACCCUCGGCGACGACGACGUACAAUCUAGACCAGCUCCAAGAAGUUGCGAAACGACAUACAGGCCAAGAGGCAGUGUGGAACUGUCGUGGCCACUCGUUGAAUGAAGUCUGGUGGCACUUCAACACCGUGGGCACCGUUGCCGAUGGGAAGUUUGUACAUGCUAGCCCAGUAGGACCUCGAUCUACCUGUCCUUAUAAAGGUAUCCAGUAUUUACCAAAGGGUCACAGCGGCGGAGGAGGAGAUGGCGGCCAUCGGCCGAAGUACCCAGGCCACGAGCCGCACGACCCGCCGAGCUCCCGGAAACACUUCAUUUACGUAGUUGACGAGCAAGGCCAACGGAACGGAUGUUUAAUCAGUAACGGCAACUGGUUGAGUCGGGCCACCUGUGCUUCCUUCUCGAUUUCAGUUGGCCACGACGACAAGGCCCUGCUCGAGGUGCGCACUCGUAGAGGAGCCUGUGCAUUCGAGGAUUCGGUCUUCAAAUGCGCUAAAGGACUCAAGUCGGAAGGUUUCGAGAAGAACGGAGACAGGCUCGUACACGAAGGUCAAGAAGUAUUCUACUCGGAUAAAGUACCCGAAGGCUCGACACAAGUCCCGAUUAUCAAAUCGAAAUCGAAGAACUCGCUCCGUUUGGAAAUCGCCGACGCUCAUUGA